AUGACUUCCGAUUCCAAUAAAGAAAUCGUAUUUAUUAUGACUAUGGAAGAGAAUUCUAAAUUACAUAAGUUAAAUUUAAAUGAUAAGUUGCCUGAUAUUCGUAAAGAACUUGAAAAUUAUAAUCUCAUUAAUGAUAUGUUUUCAUUUUCAAAAAAAAAUUCACAAAAAAUGAAUGAUUAUUCUGAAAUAGUUUGUGAAGAAUCAUUUGAUUUAAAAGAUAUUAUUGAUAAUUCAGAAAGUCAAAAUACUUUAUAUUUGAUUAAAAGUUCAAGACCUAGUUGGAAUACUUUGAAUGAAAAAUUCGAACUAGAUUAUGGGCGUACUAUGACUUUUGAUGGGAUUAAGAAAGCUAAUAAAAAGGCAUUUAUAAUGAAAAAUUGUAUAUUAACGGUGCUCGGUGCUAAAGGACUUAAAAAAGAUACACUUAAAUUUCAAUCAAAAGAAGACUGGAUGAAGAAAACUAAUUUAUUUGUUGAAGCAGAUGGUAUUGAUAUAAUGAAUUUUGUAAAGUUAGGUUUAUCCGUCGGAUCCUCACGUUUUGAAAAUUUUAAUGCUGAAAUUAAAUCAACUUAUCAAUAUACAGAAUUUAGCAAAGUACUAUUGGAAUUUAGCAAAGACAAAGAUUUAGAACCAACUGAUGAAUUUACAGAUACGAUAGAGAAAGCUAUAAAUUCAAAUGAUCCUGAACAAUUUAUAAGUAUUAUUGAAGAAUAUGGACGAUUCAUUCCGACUCAAGUUGUUUUGGGUGGAAGAGUUUAUAUUAAAGAUGUUGAAAUCUCAGAAGAGAACUCUGUAACAAAGUCUAUAGAUGGCGAAUUUAAAAUAAAGUUGGAACCUUCAAAGUUCGUAGUUAAUUCUAGUACAAUACAAAGUACUUCAGAAUUUUAUAAAUUUAAUCGAAAUCACAUGAGAUUACUUGGAGGUAUUCAUCCUGAAGAUGAAAAUUUUAAUGAAAAGACUUGGAUUGAAUCCUUAAAAAAUUAUGACAAUUGGGAAUGUAUAGAAUAUCGAAAUCCUAUCCAUAUUUUUAAGCUAUUACCUAAAGAGUUUUGUAAACGAAUCUAUGAAAUUAUUGGAAAAAAAGUUCUUUAUUCAAAUAUUGUAGAUCAUCACUUUAAACAUGGAAAGGUUAACGAAACAAAAACGUUACCGUAUAAUGUUUCAAAAAUUUUUCAGUAUAAACCUGAUUGUAGGAUCUUCGCAACAGUAAUUGAUACUCAAAAUUCCAACAAUGUUUUUAAUUGUCAAAUUCUUCAUCCAUCAGGUGAAAUACCAAAAAUUUUAAUCCAUCGUAUUCAAAUAAAAUCCAUGUACUCCUUUCAAACUCGAAGAAAGUUCAAGUUGAAAAUUGGAUUAAUGAUUAUAGGUUAUGACACGGAUUUUAAUACCAUCUUUUCAGAUAUUAAUGUUCAAUUAAUAGAGAAACUUUAUGAUUCAAAUAAUCCACAUACUUUAAAAUUAGAAAUUGAACGUGACUUAAAUUCAAUGAAUAUUUUCGUGGGAAUUCCGGUGUUAAGCAAAUUGGAACGUUCAUUUGAAUCUCUUGUCAUUGGACAUCAUUUUUUUAAAUAUCAAGACAACGAUAAAAUUGGUGUAAAUAUAUUCUCUUAUUGUCUAAAAAAUAAUCAAUGUAGUAUUAAAUUACCCAACUUUACUUUUUAUACACUUAUGAUUUCAAAUUCUCAUAAUGACAAAGAAUUCGGUACUAUUCCAUUUAAGAAGCAGCUCAUUGAUCUUGAAAAGUUCGAUAGAGAAAGUUAUCAAAAUCCAAAAUACAUUAGUUUAUAUUCAGAAAAUGAAAAUAAUUAUGGACUAAUAUUUUCAAAACGGGUCAGUAAGAAAAUUAAAAUAAAAUUUAUUGAGUGUAAAUGUAAAGAUUGUGAAAAUAAAACAAAAAUAUCAGAAGGAAAUAUAGAAUGUAAAUUCAUUGAUCCAUACAGAAGGUAA